AUGAUUCAGCCCUCCCUCAGUUUUUCCGCCACACCUGCUUCCAUCACAGCAGAUGCCGAGCGGUUAGUAAGACAAUCAAGGCAUCAAAGAGAUGAAUUGGUUCGAAAUAUCGCACCAGAGCAAGCAACCUUUGCCAAGGUGAUGCUUCCUCUUGCGCAAAUGCAGAAUGAUUUCGCCAUCGAGGCCAAUGUACUUUGCUUUUAUCGACACGUUUCUGCAAAUGCCGACAUCCGCACAGCGUCGGCGAAAGCGCAGACCCUCUUUGACAGGUUUCAUACUGAAUGCUGGAUGAGAGAGGACAUUUUUAAACUUGUCGAUGCUAUAUAUCAUAAUCAUAAUACCGAGGAAAUCACGAAAGAGUCGUCCUUGUUUUUGGAGACGGUUUAUGACAAAUUUGCUCAGUCGGGCUUGGGAAUACGGGAUACUGUGUCCAGAGAACAGUUCAAGGAAAUCAAAGGCCGUCUCAGCCAGAUCCAUGCAGAAUUCCGCGAGAAUCUUGGCUGUCAGACAGAUGAAGUAUUCUUUACAUUGGCUGAGCUGGAUGGUGUUCCUGAAUCUAUCGUCAAGCAGCUUGAAAUCAACUCCAGCAACAAGCUUCGGAUAGAUUUGUCUAAUCCUGUGCACAGGGGCAUUCUCUCGUCCGCUGAAAAGGGCGAGACGCGGAAAAAGCUGUACUUUGCUAUCCAAAACAGAUGCAAGGGAAAUGCACCCCUCGUUCAAGAAGCUGUACGACUCAGGUAUGAAAUGGCAAAGAUGCUGGGAUUUGCCAACUAUGCCGCUUUUCAACUACAGUCAAGGAUGGCCAAGACUCCGGACCGCGUAAAUGAGUUCCUGGCAGAUUUGCGAUCUAAGCUGACACCCUAUGGAGUCGCAUCAUUACGGAUAUUGCAAGAUUUCAAGAAGAGUGAUGUGAAGAAUGAUGGGAAUGGCGAGUUCUUCCUUUGGGAUGAUGACUUUUACCGCAAUCGAAUGUUGAAGUCCCGGAUAUCUAUUGACAGAACACGAAUCAAGGAAUAUUUCCCUUUACAGACUACGACAACAGCCCUCUUGAAUCUUUUGGCCCAACUGUUUGGCCUAUUGUUCGAUGAGAUCAAGGCUACCGACAGCAUGGUAUGGCACACAGAUGUCCAGAUGUUUGCAGUUCAUGACGAUGAAACUCAUGGGGGUGGAUUCCUUGGUUACUUGUAUCUUGACCUCUUUCGCCGAGAUGGCAAGUAUCCAGGGGCAUCAUGCUUCAAUUUACAACCUGGGUUUAUACGAAUAGAUGGAAAACGCCAUUACCCGUCGACUGCAUUACUGUGCGCGUUUUCUAAACCGACACCGAGCAAACCAACUUUGCUGAGCCAUUUUCAGGUAGUAACAAUGCUUCAUGAACUGGGCCAUGGCAUUCACGACCUGGUGUCCAAGACUCAGCACUCACAUUUCCACGGGCCAGAAGGCGUGCCAGUUGACUUUGGCGAGAUGCCAAGCCAGAUGCUCGAGUAUUGGUGCUGGACACCGUCCCAGAUCAAGUCUCUCAGCUCCCAUUACUCAUACAUCAACCCAGAGAUGCUUGCUUUGUGGAAGCAACAAAAUAAAGGCAAGAUACAGCCUGAGCUCCAAAUGCCAGACGAGCUUAUUGAGGCACUGAUAAAGGCUAGCCGGGUCUCAUUUGGACCGCUAUCCCAACUUGAUCAGCUUCAUCGCGCCUAUUUUGACAUGACCAUACAUCAGCUCUGUAGUGAUGAAGAGGUGGAAUCCGUGGAUCUUACGAUGUUAUGGAACAAAUCGCGGAAAGAAAUAGGACUUAUUGAUGGACAAGAGGUUUUUGAUGGGCAUUACGCACAGGGUCAUGACUACACUACAUUCCCACACCUGAUGAUAAAUGAUUAUACUGCUGGCUAUUACGCCUAUCUUUACUCCAAGGUGUACGCUGCGGAUUUAUUUUACAGUGAAUUCCAGAACCAUACUCUGGACACUGAGAGAGUGCAGCGUUAUCGCAAAUGCGUACUUGAAAGUGGUGGAAGUAGAGAUGGCUUCCAGAAUCUAGUCGACUUCCUAGGCCGUGAGCCAUCAGCAGAUGCAUUUUACAAUAGUUUGCUAGAUUAG